UUUAUAUGAAUUUUUUUAUAUUAUUAUUAUUACUGCAGUGGUAUUAUUUUACUCGGUUUUCACUUUUCAAGAAUUAUUACAGAAAAAGCCCCAUCUUACAAUUUUCCCUUCUCGCGUAAUUAACCAAACCACUCGAUCAAAACCCACAUAUCUUUCAGACAUUUCGUCGAUCAUGUUGCGACCAUGACAACCAAUGCACCCAUUCUUCUUAACUUCCCUUCCCGGGUAAGUUAGCCGUUACUUUCCCUCCCAAUUUAAAUUUUCAAAGAACAACAAUAGAACCUCCUAAAUAGCACCCUUUGCACAGUACUUCACUCAUCCUUUUCUUUGUAAGGAAGAAACAAAGCGUAUGAAGAUGAGGCAAGGCCAACUGCCUUUAGGAGAGAGAGAAAGAAUAGCUUUCCGCAUAUCCAAAAAGCUAUUCUCUCUAUUCUCUCUUCCAUUACUGUAUCUCAAUAUAUAUAUAUAUAUACAUGUUUUUACAUAUAUGUACAGCCAUUUACAUUUUUUCAUUGAUUCUUUCCACAACCCAGAAAGAAAUAGUUGAGACCCAUUUGGGGUUUGAAGCUCACCAGUCAUAGUUAUGUCUUUGAGCCCUCCUCGUGUAGGGACCAACGAUGGCAACAGAAUCUACCAGCUCUACUGGUGUUAUCAUUGUCAUCGAACGGUCAGAGUCGCCUCCGAAAACCCAUCUGAUAUCGCGUGUCCUCGCUGCUUUGGCCAGUUUCUAUAUGAGGUUGACAUAGCAACGCCCAGAGCGAUUGUCGAUUUCUCCGAAUUCGAUCCCUCCCCAGAAGCCCGUAUACUAGAAGCACUUUCUCUCAUGUUCGAUCCUCUCAUUGGGCGGCGUGAACCUGAUUCUGAUGGGAGAGGUAAUAGGUCUCCAGAUAUGGGACUUAGAGUGCCUCAGGAACGAAAUCAUGGCUUUGGUGGAAUAGAUCAUAGGAAUUCAGGGACUGGGAAUCGACGCUUUCAUUGGCCGUGGAGACGGAAUCGUGUUUUUGAUGAAAGGGAUGAUUGGGGCCCUGAAAGUGGCAUUCUGGCCCGUCCCCGGACUUGGAUAGUUGUCAGACGUGUCGGACCUCUCCCCGGUGGAUUGGAUUCCCAACCGGAAAAUGUGGUGCCUCCAGGAGUUGAGCCUAGGAAUUACUUUGUCGGGCAAGGCCUACAAGGGCUGAUUGAUCAACUGACUCAAAAUGACAGACCAGGUCCACCCCCAGCCCCUGAUGCUGCCAUCAAUGCUGUGCCAACUGUAAAGAUUAUGCCAUCUCAUUUGGUUGAUGAUUUACAGUGUCCGGUUUGUAAGGAGGAGUUUAAGGUUGGUGGGGAAGCGAGAGAGUUGCCCUGCAACCAUAUAUAUCACUCUGAUUGUAUCGUUCCUUGGUUGAGGCUACACAAUACUUGUCCAGUUUGCAGGCAUGAGCUGCCGGUUCCAUUUAAUAGUGGCGUUCCGGAUGAAGAAUCGUCAACUGAGGAUUCUCGCGGUGGGGCAGAGAGGAACCGGCGGUGCUUGAGGUGGAGACAGUUGACCUCUCUAUGGCCCUUCCGUUCGAGGUAUCGGCCACUUCAUCCCCAUGGUAACCACAUUCCUGAAUCUGGUGGUGCAGGUAACACAUGGUGGCAUUCUUGCUGUAUUCUUUAGCCUUGUUGGUGCCGCUCAUGCUAUAAGCAGUUAUUUCAGUUUAUGAUUUGAAAUGUUUGGUAGGAAUAUAGGUGCAUGAACAAGAAAGGGCAGUGGUGAAAUGAUGCUGAUGUAUUGAUGCUGGAUUAAAUGGCAUAAAUUGGUUCAGCAGGCUCUAAUGAUCUUCAACGUUUCGAGCCUCAUCUCAGUCGCUACACAAAUUUCAGGCAGAAGUUGGUUCCAGAGGUUCUGAUCAUCAACUUUCUACAUUCCUUCAUGGAGGAUUCACAAAGCAUGCUUGAAGUGAUAGUGUAAUAUAAGAUGAGAACGAUAAAUAUGUAUCCAACAUUGUUAUCCAACAUUGCCUGUUGUCACAACCCUUGUUUAUCUCAAAUACAAUUGUAUUAUCCACUUUGAUUCUCUCAAAAAUUGAUAGACC